AUGGCGUCUGCUAUCAUGAAGUGGGUGGUCGACCCGAACCGCAACCCCCUCGCAGCUCUUCACAUGAAAACACUGUCCAAUCGCCUGAGGAAAUACGGUCUUCGAUAUGACGAUCUAUACGACCCAAUGUACGAUUUGGAUGUGAAGGAGGCUCUGAAUCGGCUGCCCCGACAGGUUGUCGAUGCCAGGAAUCAGCGCCUCAAGCGCGCUCUAGACCUCUCCAUGAAGCACGCCUACCUUCCCGAAGAUCUCCAGGCGAUGCAGACACCAUUCAGGAGUUAUCUUCAAGAGAUGCUAGCUCUUGUUAAGAGGGAGAGUGCUGAACGUGAAGCACUUGGAGCUUUGCCUCUUUACCAGCGCAGCAUUCCAUGA